UCUCCGACAUCCCAGUUCCCCAUGAUGUUAAACCGCCUAUCGCUAGAUGAUGCUGCAGCCUAGCUCGUCAUCGGUAAACCGGGCAGCUAUAAACGGGAAAACGCACGACAUGAACGAAGCAUCCCGUUCAUAUCUGGCUGUUAUUGUGAUAUUUAACUGUGCUUACGUGACUUUCAACACAUGUACAUUUUAUUAGGAAGCAUUAACAAGAUGGUGCCUAUCUGAUGUGUCAAAGUAGGACAACCCCUCCCAUCCCACUCUGGUUGUAGAUGUCACCAUGUUAGAGAAAACCAGUGACAAAGACCAACAGACUGAGCACUGCUCUGACUGUGGAUGCAUCCUUGUACAGUGUGACUCUGAUUCAAGCAACACUUUGGCCCAUCCUAAACAGCAGCGUGCGCACAAAAAAGACAGUCCUUCCAAAUGUCCAUCCUGCCAGGCAGGCGGCAGCCUUUCAAAUGGGCGACGUCCACACCGCCGCAUCCGCCUGGACCCUCACAGCUGCAGCCUGUGCUCCAAAACCUUCAUCUCCUCUGCCCACCUGGCCCUUCACCUCGCCUCUCACAAGGAGAGGAAGUUCAGAUGUAGCAUUUGUGGCAAGCACUUCCAUCAAGCGUCCCACCUGGUGGCGCACAAGAUGAUCCACAGCGGGGACAGGCCAUUUAAGUGCCCGGAGUGUGGUAAGACCUUCGGCCGCGCCUCGCAUCUGAAGACCCACCGGAGGCUCCACACAGGCGAGAAGCCUUUUAAGUGCACCUACUGUGACAAGUCGUUCACACAGAAGGCUGGGCUCCUGUCACACGUCCGUGUACACACAGUGGAGCAGCCAUACAAGUGUGAGCAGUGUGGUGAGGGUUUUCGCUCUUUGGCACUCCUGCUCUCUCACAAGGCAGACGAGUCGUCUGGGCAGAACAAACCAGUGUCAGCAGCACCAGAAGCACUCAACCAGGCCAAGAAGACGCAGAGUAGCCCUGAGGAUCUAACCUGUGGCGUCUGCUGUCGCACCUUUGUACGAUCAUCAUACAUCAGACUGCACAUACGCCUCAACAAAGGACAGCGGCCUUACCACUGCAAAGUGUGCAACAAGACCUUCGCCAGGCUGGAUACGUUUGUGAACCACUGUGAUAAACACUUACGAGAGAAAGGGGAUAAAGGUGUGGUGAAGGAGGUAAAAGACAAAGUUGUUAAACCUCCCUUGUUCGUCCCGCUCUCCAGGCCUCCUCCUCCUGAAUCCUCAUCCACUCAGCCUCUAUCCUCAGAGGUCAACACACGCUCCAGAGCAAAAGCAAAGAGUAAAACAGAGCCAUGACCUCUUUUUGCAUCCAAAUGGGCAAAGCUGUCUUUAACCAAGAAUUGUGCCAUAAUAAUUCUGCCACAGCAACAAAUGUAUUGUCAAGUUGAUGUAAUUUUUGAAAAAAAAAUCCCAGAAGAAUACAAUUAUUGAAAGGUUAUAUGUUUACAAUUACAAUUUACAAAUGAUCAGAGAAAGGGACAAAGAGAGAGCAAAUUUAUAGUAUAUAUAACAAAAAAAUACUGUGAUGUGAUUUAUAUAAUUAGUUCACUGAUUGUAAAUUCGUAGUUUGUAAUAAGUUAUUUUUUAUUUAAAAUAAUUAAUUUAACUUUCAAUGAAUAUCUUUUUAAGUACCACAAUGCUGAUAUUUUAGCCCCAGAGGCUAAUUAACAUUUGUAAGAAUAACAUUUCAAUGGUGUACAUUGUUCACUCUAAUCGCUAAAUAUAGAAAAAAAUCUCAAAUUAUUAUAAUUCAUGGUUAAUGUGUUGUUGUUUUUAUGCCCAUACAAGCCUAUUGGCAUGUUUAGCACUCAGAACAAAUUACACAGAGUAAAAAAAAAUACACAAAAAAAACAUUGUGGAGGACUAAACCAUUUGUUGCACCUUGAGACCACAAAUAUCUGUUCAAAACAGUUUUUUGUUUCAAUUAUUGAACAUUGUCUUCUAAAAAAAAUAUUAUUCCACCUAGCCCAUUGAGCAUUCAAGUCAAAGUUACAGUAAUGCUACUCUGCAUAUAACGUCUUUGUAAAUCUGCCCUUAUAACAUGGGUCACGGUGUGCUGUAUCACCUGGGCCUAUAGUUAUCAAGUUUAACAUUUUGGGACUACACGUCCUGUCAGAUGAGUUUCCUUUGGCCCGUUAACCUUUAUUCCCAGUCAGCAGCAGCUCACCGCUGAUACCUCACUGACCCUAAACUCAACAGAAGGUUUAUUAGACUGUUUUCCUGUGGUUCUCCAUGGCUGACGGAGCAUCUGUCACCUCCACAUGGGGAAACUCUUUGUCCCAACCUAUGGACAAAGAGAAAAAAUACCAUUUACAACUUACAGGUCAAGUUAGGACUCUUGAGAGGCAAAUGCUGGAACAACGUAACAAUCUAUGAGAGUCACAAAUGUAACCACAAUGCUGUAAAAGAGAAUUAAACAAUCUACCACCACUGUAUGGGCAUAGGUAAUGCAUUAGAUAAGGACAGUACAAAGUUAAGAUUAAAUGUUUGCCUGGCA